AUGAGGAUCCUCCGGGGGGCAGGAGAGAACCUCCUCAGGACGGGGUUGAGGUUCUGGCACUUGGGGUCCCGCAAGGCCCUAGCCCUGCUGCAGGCCACCUGGAACCACUUCUCCCAGCCCGUCCCGGCCAGCCGUGGCCAGCUGCUGACCCAGUUCCUGCUGUGUGGUGUCCUGGCCGCUGCUGCCGCAGGUCUGAUCCAUCACUGGCUGGUGUCCUCGCUGCACUGCCCCCCAGGACCCUCUGCCAUGGCGGCUGCUGCUUGUGGCCUUCUGGUCGCCCUGGGCCUAGGGCUGGUAGCCCCCGUCCGCUGCCUGUUUGCACUCAGUGUGCCCACCGUGGGCACCGAGCAGGGCCGCCGGCUGCUCCUGUCCUACAGUACUGUCACCCUGGCCACCACCGCGGUGCCCAACGUCUUGUCCAACGUGAGGGCGGCUGGGCGCGUCCUGCGGUGCGUCACUGAGGGCUCCCUCGAGAAUCUGCUCAACACCACCCGGCAGCUGGAGGAGGCGUCCAGGGUCCUGGACUCUGCACACCAGGCGGGGGCCAGGCGCCUGACGCUGGAGACCCAGGGCAGCGGCUCUGCCUUCCGGCUUCACAUGCUCAGGGUCACGAAGCAGGUCCUGGAGGACUUCUCGGACCUGGAGGCCAGGGCCCGGGCCACAGCCCUGGGGGCCCAGAGAGUGGUCACAGGGCUCUUGGUACUGGGCCUCCUGGUGGAAUCUGCCUGGUACCUCCACCGCUACCUGACUGACCUGCACUUUGACAAUGUCUAUGUCACCCGGCAGCUGGCUGGACAGCUGGCUGAAGCCCAGGCCACACACCUGGUGGCCUCGCCCCCGGCCUGGCUGCUGCAUACAACCCGGCCCAGGCUGUCCCCGGAGGAGCUGCUGCACUGUCUCCUACGGCUGGGGCUGCUCGCCCUGCUGCUGGUGGUCACAGCUACGACGGUGGCCACAGACCACGUGGCCUUCCUUCUGGCCCAGGCGGCCGUGGACUGGGCUCAGAAGCUGUCAAGUGUACCCAUCAAGCUCACGAUCAAGUAUGAUUCAUCAUACACUUUGCUGGACUUCAUCCACUUCCUAUUCAACCAGCCGCCACCAGAGACGCCUUUCGUGUCCGCCCAUUCCUCCUACCAGUGGGAGCUGCACUUUGUCUCCCCAGGCUGCCAGCUGCUGCCCGCACAGUGCCCUCACACAGCUGCCUCCCUCGCCGCGGGGACCCUGCAGCUCCUGGCCUGUGUCACCGUCCUCCUGGAGACCUAUGCCCGCCGCCUGCGGCAUGCCAUCGCUGCAUCCUUCUUCACCAGCCAGGAGACCAGGAGGGUCCGUCACCUGCGUUCCAGGCUCCAGCGAAGGUAUGACAGGCAUUGCUGCCAGCAGCCUUUCCCCGCCCCAGAGUGGGAAGCCAAUGCCAUGCCUACCAGGACACUUCAGAAAGAACAGGGGACAGUGGGAAGAGACGUGGAGCCCCAUGCCCCAGAGUGUUCAUCCUGGCCCCUCUGCUGUGUGACGUUGGAGAGGUCACUUCAUCUCUCUGAGCCUGUUUCCACGUCUGCAUAA